UUCGUCCAUCGAAUUGCAAAUCAAAAUGAACAGUUCUUUGUAUAAAUAGACACGGCGAAGCCAUCGAAUUUGUUCGGCAAACAGAGGUGCCUUGAGCAAGACAAUUAAAGAGUGGGCAGAGAAUAUCAGGAAAUUGAGAGCGUAGCCCAGGGGUCAGAAAUAGAGGAUUCAAGCAAACGUGGUACCAGAGUAUCGUUUUCACAAAGCCAYAAACAUUUCAAUUUGGUAGCACUGACCAGUCACUCAAAAGAACAAACUAGCUAGAGUUUGAUUUGAAGUUUGUUGAGUUAAUAUGGGCUGUGGCUCAUCAAAGUCUACAGUUAUUCAACAAAACAGCCAAAACAAUUCACCACAGAUUACUAAAGGUAAAGUUAAACCAGAAACUACAGACAAUAAUUCUGAAAGCCAUGCCGUUCAGUCAACCUCGACAAGAAUUGACGAGCACUCGAAUAAUAAUCUUCAAACAAUCSGAAAGCAAAAUAACAGCCCUAAGAUAAUCCCAAAUGGCCAUCAUAGAAGUCCUACACAGCACGGAAAUAAAGAAAACUUCCAGAAUAAAAAUCCCGAACCUUCAAACAUCACGACACAGAGGCGAAAUUCUUCUAGUGGUGUCGCUUUUGAAGUAAAACUCGACGAAAACGCGAGUUUGAAUAAACUACGACGACCUCCCAAGUUACAGAAACUGGACCACGUGCCUAUACUAACAGCUGAGAUGCUGGCCAAGAAACAAGCUUUGGCGGAAGAAAACAGACAAAAAGAAAUUCAGAARAAGKUGGCCAGGACAUCGCAAAGAAAAAAGCGUUUACUAGAAGCCAGGGAACUAGAUAUGGCCGUUGAAACAAAGAGAUUAGAGAUUGAAGAGAAGAUGAACGCGCAAAGCAGAAAAAGAGCAAAAGCACAGGCAGAAAUCAUCGAAAAGCAAAGAAUAAGAGAACUAAAAGCCAAGAGGGUGAGAGAAAGAGCUCAGAGAAUCAAAGAAGGUGGCGACGACGCUGACUUUGAAGUCGAUCCAGAUGAGACUUACAAUGCAGAUGAAGAAAACGAAUCAUGGGAUAUCACAGGUCAACCAACAACACGUCACGCAACAGAGCACGAUGAAAACAACAAUAAUAGCAGCACAACAUCAUUAACUCAGCAAAAGCAAAGAAAAGACACAAUGAACAGUGAAAAUGAACAAUCAUAUGACACAAAAAAUGUACACGACUUCUUUGAGGAAUAGUUUAGAUUUCUAACUUUUCUUGAACAAUCUUCACUGUACGAAUUGAAAAAAAAGUCUUUCAGUUAGGUAUUUUAGCCAUUUUCAUGCAAUGACCAAGACAAGCACAACCACCCUAUCCCAGGCGGAUUUGCAUGGAUAUUUCCUUGUGAAGGUUUUCCAAAUUGACUGAGACCAGUUCAUAGUUUUAUCUAAGAUUCUUUAUGUCAGUAUAAAAGCUUGCAGGACAAGAUAUCUUUAAAGAUUAGGAGUUUAAUUUUAGAAAUUUAGUAUCAUUAUAGUGUACAAAGUUUAGCGAAAGAKCUGUUUAAACAAGAUGUAUAUUUAUUUAUAAAUUAUUUUUGUAUAAUGUAAAGUGUGCAAUAAAGGAAGAAU